ACCAACACGGCCCCCUAAGCGUAGGGCCCACCCACCCGGUCUCCCCUUCUCGGUCUCUCCACCCAGGCCGGUUUCCCCUGGAAAAACUCGCGAGACUUUGCGAGAGGCCGAGCGAAAGCCUGGGAGGGGAGGAAUAGGGAGGGACGUAGAAGGGCCCUGCCCCGCCUUCUCGCGCAAAGCGGAGAGUGGUCGGUUCUGCCCCACCGUAACGCGAGGAAGGAAAUCUCGCGAGGCUGGAGUCCUCCGGGAGCGCCGGUCGGAGGCGGUCGGCGGCGGUCGGCGGAGGUGUCUACCCCGCUGGUGAUGGGGCUGAACGCCACUGGCUUCCCGGCCUCCCGUCCGCUGCCUCGGUCCGAUUCUGCGUCUGCUUGCUGAGGAGACAGAUUAGGGGCGCGGAGUCUCUUCCCUUGAGUGCAUAGGUCCCUGUUGGUAGAGGGUUUGAGACCGCAUCGCCACAGCUGACGGCUGCUAGGGACUAAGAGCAGAUUUUUGGAAAUGUGAUUACAAUGUGUCUGGAGUUAGAUCUUGUUGGAAACUCCUGCCUGGGGUUUCCUGAGGACUGGGAAUGAUGAAGACAAGGUUUCUUAGAAAGAAGCAAAGUGUUACAUCAUUGAAAUGUAUACAUCGUUAGAAAUGAGUUGCACAAUUGAGAAGGCACUUGCUGAUGCUAAAGCUCUUGUUGAAAGAUUAAGAGAUCAUGACGAUGCAGCAGAAUCUCUGAUUGAGCAAACCACAGCUCUCAACAAGCGAGUAGAAGCCAUGAAACAGUAUCAGGAAGAAAUUCAAGAACUUAAUGAAGUUGCGAGACAUCGGCCACGGUCCACAUUAGUUAUGGGAAUCCAGCAAGAAAACAGACAAAUCAGAGAAUUGCAACAAGAAAACAAAGAAUUGCGUACAUCUCUGGAAGAACAUCAGUCGGCCUUGGAACUUAUAAUGAGCAAGUAUCGAGAACAAAUGUUUAGAUUGCUAAUGGCUAGCAAAAAGGAUGAUCCGGGUAUAAUAAUGAAGUUAAAAGAGCAGCACUCCAAGAUUGACAUGGUACAUCGUAACAAGUCCGAAGGAUUCUUCCUUGAUGCAUCUCGACACAUCCUUGAAGCACCUCAACAUGGACUGGAGAGAAGGCACUUGGAAGCAAAUCAGAAUGAACUGCAAGCACAUGUUGACCAGAUAACUGAAAUGGCAGCAGUAAUGAGGAAAGCCAUUGAAAUUGACGAGCAACAGGGUUGCAAGGAACAAGAACGAAUAUUUCAACUCGAACAAGAAAACAAAGGCUUGAGAGAGAUCCUUCAAAUAACUCGAGAAUCAUUUUUGAACCUAAGGAAAGAUGAUGCGUCGGAAAGUACUUCUUUGUCAGCAUUAGUGACCAACAGUGAUUUGAGUCUAAGGAAGAACUGAAGAGUUUCUGAGUCUGUGAGCUUCUUACAUGGCUCCAAAUGGUCAAAUAAGUGAAUGAAUGAAUGGACAGAAAAUUCAAUCCUUUAUUUUUUUCUUUGUAAAUAUGUACAGUGCACGGGCUGUGAGAUAGCAACAAAAAAAUGCAUAGUUAAUGGUCAUAGACUUUAUUCCAAAACAUAAUUGGAAAAUAGAAACUGAGCCAUUGCCAAAUGGUAAAGAAAUGAAAGGUUUUCACAGUGACUACUGAAUAUACCAAGAGCUUUUGGCAGUACUGCUGGCUUUCUGGGUGAUUAAUUAGGUAAACUUGAAUAUUCCCAAUAAAUGUUUGAGAAUUCAUAAAAUUAUACCAAUUUAAAAAUAUAAAUUUUUGCCACUGUUUUGUGAAUGGAAGAUUUGUACGCUAAAUUUCAUCUUUCCUAUUCGGCGUCAAAGUUGAUACAAAGUUUAUGUACCAUGAGACUUCUAGUGAUUGCCUACUUUCACAUUUAUUUAAAUUUUUGUGAAAGAAAAUACAGUUUCAAAGGCUAUAGGAAUGUGUUAUAUGUUAAAGUAAAUUAAACAGAUAAUUUAAUUUUAGCAAUUUACCAUAACUGAUACUUAGCUAACAAUUGUCCAUAACUUGUUUAAGUACAAGAAAUACCAUUUCAGGAAUGAAAAAGAAGGAAUACUACUUUCUAAGAAAGAAGAUCUUAUAAUAGACAUAUUUAGUAGGUUAAACUACUCCUUUGAAAGAAUAAGUUUUGGUUCAAAGUCAAUAAUGAAGAUGAGAUUUGUUUUUCUCUUCUCUGGCUGAUUUUUAAGGAUAUUAUGUAGUUCAUUUAGUUAACAGAAUUGAAAUGUUUGAUAUAGCAAGAUAGGUAUGGUAAUUUCAAAGUGAAUUUGGAAUUCCUCUGGCUCAUAGAACCCUUUUUUUUUUUUCCUUUAAGUAUUCUUGAGAUACAAAAAAAAAUAUAAAUUAAAAUUUCAAAAAAAAAAUUCUGGAUCUCUUUUUAAGCUCCAUCUGGUCCUCAUAACCUGCAAGAUUUUUCUUAAAACCUUUCAGCUGAAAGUGGGGGUAGAGGUGGAGUAAUCUGUGGAUUUGUUUCUGUUGUCUUUUAAAAUGUCAAAUAUAUAAUAUGUAAAUUUUUAAAAAACCACCAGAUACAGAAAUGUGCUUUAACAUCAGUUGAAACCUAAAUUUUCUUAUGUUGUGGUGAUUGUAUUAAAAAGGGAUAAAAGAAGUGUCAAACAUGAUUAAAUACAUUGUACUCAUUUAUAUUGAAUACAUAUUAAAAUUAAGACAAAUGGAAAAUUAUACUUUGAGUAUAUAAUUUGUCAAAUAUUACUUUAUAUGGUAAUUUUAUGUAUAAUUUCAUAUAUUGGUAAAAUUCAAAACUACACUUCAGAAUUUUUUUAUCUUAAGUUUGGGGCGAGUGGGGUGGAUGAGACUGAAUAGAAAAGGGCUAAUGGCCCAAACAUUAUAUAGAUUUCUUUUUUUAGUCAGAGGCCUUAUUUGAUAUUUUAUAAAUAAAUGACAGUUUUUAUUUUUAAACUUUUUAUUGUUUUUGGGAAAGUGUUCCUUAAUUUAAUGACACAUACAUUCAGAUACUUCUUAUCCCUGCUAAUAAAGGAAAUCUAUUUCAAGCUACACCAUUGAGAUUAAGUCUGAGGCAGUUCAUUGAGGCAGCUCUACUAUAAAAGAUUACUUGAUAAAUAUUUUUGUAAACAAGUUGGGUUAACUUAUUCUUGGUCUUUUUGCUUGGAUAUGAAUUUAAGGUCUUCAUGUUUAAAGACAUUUACUUUGUUAUUUAGUGACACAUUUCCAUCCUAUUUUUUUUUUUUGGUUGUUGUUAAACAGAACCUUAAGUUUAUGUUGAGGUACGUACUGCAUAGGAACCUAUUUUAUUAUUAAAGAUGAGUGAUUAAAAUUGG